AUGGAAGGUGAAUUAAUGGGAGAAGUUGAAGCAAAUUUCGACGAUGGGAAUCUCGUGGUGGACAUGGACGCCGGAGAUGAUUUCUUCUUCUCCGAAGACGCCUUCGCCUCCAUCCCCACGGACUUCUCUUGUUUCUCUAUGUUGCCGCCGCAACCGCCGACGGAGACCUUCUCGCCGUCGACGACCACUUUCAAACCGAAGGGGUCGAUCCUGUCUUCCUCUUCUUCCACGGCCUCUUCCUCCUCUUCUACUUCUUGGUCGUCUCUCCUGCAGGCCCCCGAAGUGGCCGCCGCCGCCGCCUCUGACAACGCGGCGAUGGUCGGGCCAGCUUCGUUCCUAGAUCUCCCCCAGGGCGAGAUCUCUGACGAUAUGAGUUUUUUCACCAACUUUGAAGGACUUUUUGACCUCGAGGACUCGCGUCCUGACCUCCACGGAAGCGCCUCCGGAGGCGGUGACGUUGCCGGGGCGUGCUGCGGCGGACCACAGGAGGCCGGAGGAGAAGGUGAGGAGAAGGGGAAGGAGGCGGGUGGUUUUUCCGAUGAGCUGGCGAAGGUGUUCUUCGAGUGGCUGAGGAGUAACAAGGAGUCGAUCUCGCCGGAAGACCUGCGGAGCAUCCGACUGAACCGGUCCACCAUCGAGAGCGCCGCCCGGCGGCUCGGACGGAACAAGCAGGGGCGCAUCCAACUACUGAAGCUGAUCCUUGCCUGGGUCCAGCACAACCACCUUCGCCGAAACCCCCUCCACCCUCUCGCUCCGCCGCCACACCCGCCUCUUGUCGAUUACCAACCCAUGCAAAGUCCGCCGUACACCCACCAGCUCGACUACAAUUACGGUUCUAAUUGGUUCCCUGGCGCCGAUAUGAUGGCCUACGGCGGCGAUAUGUUUUCCGGUGCAACCGCUCCUUAUCCUUACCACCACUACAGUGGCGGAGGGGGACAUUUGGCAGGGCCGGUGCUAUCGCAGUUUGCACCAUUUCCUGGUGCGGCCAUGGUGGGCGCGUUUCCUCCCAUGUUUCUGCAAGGCCAAGGAGUGCUUGACGGGGGAACAACAACGGGAGUUUCGAAGACGGAGGAGGCCAGGAGGAAGCGGAUGGCGCGGCAGCAGCGGCGACUCUCUUCCCUCCACCAUUACCACCACCACCAGCGCCACCACAGGGGCCAGCGUCAGCAUGCUCAGCGUUCCCCUGAAGUUUCCGCCGCCGGGGCGUCGUCGAAUCCUAGUACCGCCCGGAAUUGGGAUUUUCGGACCAACAUGACCAAGACCCGCAGUACUUCUUCCAACACGCAGCUGAUGCAGUCUCUUAUCGGAGAUCAAGCACCUCCGCCGCCGAAGAAGACGCCGCAAGCUGACGGUGCAGUUUCGAACUCACUGAUGCGGCCGGGAUUGAAAGGUGAAAAGAACUUGAAGUUUCUGCUACAGAAGGUGUUGAAGCAGAGCGACGUGGGCAGUCUGGGGAGGAUUGUGCUACCCAAAAAGGAAGCAGAGAUGCACCUGCCGGAGCUGGACGCUAGAGAUGGAAUCUCCAUUGCAAUGGAGGACAUCGGGACUUCCCAGGUCUGGAACAUGCGUUACAGAUUCUGGCCGAACAACAAGAGCAGAAUGUACCUCUUGGAAAACACAGGGGAUUUUGUGAGAUGCAACGGGCUACAAGAAGGCGAUUUCAUUGUGAUCUACUCCGACGUCAAGUCCGGCAAAUAUCUGAUUCGAGGAGUGAAGGUUAGACAAUCGCUGGAGCCGAGCAGGCCUUCUGUGAAGGCAGGACAGCAGCACGAGAGAAGUUAG